AUGAACAAGAUCAAUCUACCACCUAUACAAAUUCCUAAUUCAAUAAAUAUUUGCUGUAAUCAUCAAAUGUUCGAUCGAUCUCAAAUCGAUAAUCAUAAUACUUAUCAAAAUCAAUCUUUUAACCAACAAUAUCUUAAUUCAUUUAAUAAGAAAUCUCACUUAAUGAAUACAUCAGUUUGGCAUCGUCUCUUUCGAAUACCAACAGAUUCAAGUUAUCGUCAUUCUUGUUAUUAUAAUGAAAUUAAUUCUCCAAAAAAUGAUCUAGAUUUUCGUUUACGAACAUGUUAUAAUCAUGCACAAGAAUCAUUUGCAUCAAAAGCACGUGUGGUUGUUCAACCAAUGACUAUUUAUCAAAUACAAAAACAAUUAAAUUCUUUUGAAAAAAUUAAUUAUCCAUUUAAGAUUAUUAAUGAAAAUCGUAAAGAACAUUUUAAUGAAGCAACAAAAGGUCAACAUAUUGGUUCUGAUCAUUUUGCUAAUGGUAAACAUGGUUAUUCACGUGUUAUUGCUGGUGCUAUGUCAAUUGAUUAA